AUGUCCCUAUCUGGAAAGGCCAAUGAAGGAACUCUGCAGAUUCCUUGUAAGCGUAAGAUUCUCGAGGCCUUCUGGCCAUGCGAUACCACGACACUACUAGAAGUGGAAGAUGACGGAGAGAGAUGCCCGUGGGAUGCGUACUUUCGACACUAUACAACGGAAUGCAGGAAAGCGAUUGGAUCCGCUUGCGGUGAGCAUGUGACCGUUCGGGCGCACCAAGAUAUCAUAGAUAUCGUCCGACAUAUCGAAGCAGGAGCUACGAAAGAAGUGAUCAAGAGAUCGUUAGUGGUACUCGAUACGCAGCAAAGAAGUGAAGAAGCUAAAAGCCGGAUGGCAGAAGGGUCCGUUCGACUUGUGGCGCGCUUGUUUUUGAUGAUCGACGUCGGAGCCCCGUCACAGUAUUGGAUAUGGGGUCCUAGUUUUCUGCCUUGGGAUGACGAGCAUGACGAUCUGAAGACGGUACUUAAGAAUCACUUCGUCAUAAGUUCAAGACAGACUGGGAAUCUUGUGUUUGAGGAAGAGUUCACUGCAUUUAAUUUGCAGCGCUUCACUGGGGUGAAAAUUCAAUGGAGCAACAAUCUCACCGAUCAUUUGCGACUCGUCGAUAACGACCGAAGGCUUUGCAUUUUCCAUCAUGCGACUUUCCUCCAGCAUCAAACGAGUGAAAUCUUUCCAAAGAAUCUCGUUGGCGAAACGCUUCGAACGUUGGAUUUAUUGUUCCCACGACAAGACACAGAUACCCAAAGAUGGUUGAAAUCUCAACAAUCGCGAGACGAUGACACCUUGACUCCGGACAUUUCGCUGCUGAAUCGAAACAUGAUGAUGUCGACUGAUCGCCGUGCUAUAAACUUCGAGUACUGGCGCGAUGAGUUGAUGAGCUUGAAGGAAAGAUUCGAUCAGCCUAAACCAACCUCCCUCUCUCAAUUCUGGUACGAUCGAAGAAACCGGCCUCAAUGGUACACCUUCUGGAUCGCUGUUACAGUCCUUGGUCUCACGGUUUUCUUCGGCCUUGUACAAAGCAUCGAGGGAGCUUUGCAAGUAUACAAAGCAUAUCAUCCAGUACCCAGUUAG